AUGGCGGACCAAAACGAGAUCGAUUUGGAUUCGAUCAUUGAUAGAUUGUUGGAGGUGAGGGGUAGCCGUCCCGGAAAGCAGGUCCAGCUGCUCGAGUCCGAGAUCCGCCAUCUUUGCACCAAGGCCAGGGAGAUCUUCAUUUCGCAGCCUAUACUUUUGGAGCUGGAGGCCCCGAUCAAGAUAUGUGGUGAUAUUCACGGCCAAUACUACGAUCUCUUGCGCCUGUUCGAGUACGGAGGUUUCCCACCAGAAGCCAACUACCUCUUCCUAGGCGACUACGUAGACCGAGGCAAGCAGUCUCUCGAAACCAUCUGUCUAUUGCUCGCAUACAAGAUCAAAUACCCAGAGAACUUCUUCGUUCUCCGUGGCAACCACGAGUGCGCCUCCAUCAACCGUAUCUACGGCUUCUACGAUGAGUGCAAGCGAAGAUACAACAUCAAGCUCUGGAAGACCUUCACCGACUGCUUCAACUGUCUCCCAAUUGCCGCCAUCAUCGAUGAGAAGAUCUUCACCAUGCACGGUGGUCUCAGCCCUGACCUUAACUCCAUGGAACAGAUUCGUCGUGUCAUGCGUCCAACAGAUAUCCCCGACUGCGGUCUCCUCUGCGAUCUCCUCUGGUCGGACCCUGACAAGGACAUAACCGGCUGGAGCGAAAACGACCGAGGUGUAUCCUUCACAUUUGGCCCCGACGUCGUCUCGCGGUUCCUGCAGAAACAUGACAUGGACCUCAUCUGUCGAGCGCACCAAGUAGUCGAGGAUGGCUACGAGUUCUUCUCAAAGCGGCAGCUGGUCACGCUCUUCAGCGCACCAAACUACUGCGGAGAAUUCGACAACGCCGGAGCUAUGAUGAGUGUAGACGAGAGCCUUCUCUGUUCGUUCCAGAUCCUGAAACCAGCCGAAAAGAAACAAAAGUACGUCUACGGAGGCAUGGCACCUAACAGACCCAUCACUCCUCCAAGGAAACAGAAGAAAAAGUAA